GGAGAUGGCCAGUUCCCCAGAGAACUUUCCCAGGAUCCCAGCCGUGGCCCUGGGAGGGCUCAGGGGUGGGGGAGAGAGUAUCCCAAGGCCGUGGGCCCUCCCUCUGUGGCUCGGGGUGCAGACGUGCACCACCCUGCCCUGUCCUCUCGAGUCCUCCAGGCUCGUCCGAGUGUGUGCGUUUGGGUGGUGCAAACCCUGGAUGGCAUGGUGUGUAUUUUCUUCUCUGGCUGGCACUGAAUUGCUGUUCACCAGAUGCCAGCAAUGAGGACACUCUCCCUCCCAGAUGCAGGACUGGUUGCCACCGCUGGGAGGGGGGCACCGUGCCACGUGCUCCCAGGACACUGGCCAGGGGGCUAUAAAGAACAUCUCGAGAGGAGGCAGCACAGCCUUGUUCAGACACCCAGUGACCUGCCAAAGUCGGGCAGCACAGAGCUCUGGAGAUGAAGACCCUGUUCCUGGGUGUCACGCUCGGCCUGGCCGCUGCCCUGUCCUUCGCCCUGGAGGAGGAAGAUAUCACAGGGACCUGGUACGUGAAGGCCAUGGUGGUCGAUAAGGACUUUCCGGAGGACAGGAGGCCCAGGAAGGUGUCCCCAGUGAAGGUGACAGCCCUGGGCGGUGGGGACUUGGAAGCCACGUUCACCUUCAUGAGAGAGGAUCGGUGCAUCCAGAAGAAAAUCCUGAUGCGGAAAACGGAGGAGCCUGGCAAAUUCAGCGCCUAUGGGGUUAGGAAGCUCAUAUACCUGCAGGAGCUGCCCGGGAGGGACCACUAUGCUUUUUACUGCAAAGAUCAGCACCGUGGGGGCCUGCUCCACAUGGGAAAGCUUGUGGCAUCUGCUCCCUGCAGGGCUGUGCCGCUGUCCCCACCUGGGCUCACCUGGCCACCUCGCCUGCAGGUAGGAAUCCUGAUACCAACCUGGAGGCCCUGGAAAAAUUUAAGAAAUUGGUGCAGCGCAAGGGACUCUCAGAGGAAGACAUUUCACGCCCCUGCAGACGGGAAGCUGUGCUCCAGAACGCUAGGCCCGAGUGAGGGUCCUCCUCAGCCCUUCCACAGCGAGGCCUCCCUCGGGCUCCCUCAGGUAUCAGCUCGGCCCAUCGUCCCCUGCACCUCACAGCAGCCCCCGGGUCUGCACCUCCAGAGCCCACCCUACUGCCAGACACGGAGCCCGGACCACCUGGACCUACCGUCCAGCCAUGACCCUUCCCUGCUCCCGUCCACCUGA